UGCACUUUUGCCUUUUUCCUGCUGGAAAACCACCAGAAAACCCCCCUGGAGAUGUCAAACAUUAACCCAAGCUACCCCUGGGCCGUGUUAUAUAGGAGACCACCCCCGGUGCUGGAGGAGGGAGGACACCGCGUGGGACAGGGAGGCAUUUUUGGGGUGAAACCCCUGAAAUCCGGGGCUCUGCAUGGCUGCGGGGCGUUCCCGGGCCCUGGCAGUGGCAGGAUGGCUUUCGCCAGCCUCCUGGAGCACGUGGGGGGCAUGGGGCGCUUCCAGGUGGUCUCGGUGCUGCUCCUGUCCCUGCCCGUGUUCAUGAUGGCCAGCCACAACCUCCUGCAGAACUUCACCGCCGCCGCCAGCGACCACUGGUGCCGCCUGCGCCCGGAGGCCAACGCCACCGGCCUCGACCCGGAGGCCCUGCUGAGGGUCUGGGUCCCCCGUGGGGAGCGGUGCCAGCGCUUCGUGACACCCCAGUGGUGGCUUUUGGAGGCCAACGGUUCGGCACCCAACAGCUCUGGGCCGGAGACGGAGCCGUGUGGCGAUGGUUGGACCUACGACCGCAGCGUCUUCGUCAGCACCAUCAUCACUGAGUGGGACCUGGUGUGCAGCUCCCGGGGGCUCAAGCAGUUGGCGCAGUCGCUCUACAUGGCCGGAGUCCUGGCGGGCGGCAUCGUCUUCGGGGGGCUCUCGGACAGGUUCGGCCGCCGCUCGGUGCUCAUCUGGUGCCACCUGCAGAUGGCCACCAUGGGCACCUGCUCGUCCUUCGCGCCCACCUUCACCAUGUACUGCCUGUUCCGCUUCCUGACGGGCAUGGCCUUCUCAGGCAUCGUCCUCAACAACGUCUCCCUGUCGCUGGAGUGGAUGCCGACGCAGGUGCGGGCACUGGUGGGCACCUUCAUGGCCUACUGCUACACUGUCGGGCAGUUCCUCCUGGCUGGCAUCGCCUUCGCCGUCCCCGACUGGCGCCAGCUGCAGCUCGCAGUGUCCCUGCCCUUCUUCGUCUUCUUCCUCUACUCUUGGUGGCUGACGGAGUCGGCGCGGUGGCUCGUCAUGGUGGGGAAGUCCCACCAGGCCCUGCGGGAGCUCCAGAAGGUGGCCAGGAUCAACGGGAAGAAGGAGGAAGGGGACAAGCUCGACAUAGAAACCCUGAAGUCCCACAUGGAGAAGGAGAUGACAUCAUCGAGGACCCGCCACACCGUGGUUGACCUGGUCCGGACGCCGGUCAUCCGCCGCAUCUCCUUCUGCCUCUGCUUCGUGUGGUUCUCCACCAGCUUCGCCUACUAUGGGCUGGCCAUGGACCUGCAGAACUUUGACUUUGACAUCUACGUGAUCCAGCUGAUCUUCGGCGCCGUGGACAUCCCGGCCAAGCUGGUGUCCAUCCUCACCAUCACCUACGUGGGGCGCCGCUUCACUCAGGCUGUCGCCCUCAUCCUGGCCGGCUUGGCCAUCCUGGCCAACAUCUUGGUGCCACGAGACCUUCAGACACUCCGGACAGCCCUGGCCGUCUUCGGGAAGGGUUGUUUGGCCGCGUCCUUCAACUGCGUCUUCCUCUACACGGGCGAGCUCUACCCCACCGUGAUCCGGCAGACGGGCAUGGGCUUGGCCAACACCAUGGCGCGGCUGGGCAGCAUCAUGGCCCCCCUGGUGAAGAUGGCGGGCGAGCUCUUCCCGGCGCUGCCGUUCAUCAUCUACGGCGCCGCGCCCGUGGUGUCAGGGCUGGUGGCCACCUUCCUGCCCGAGACACGGAACAUGGCCCUGCCUGAGACCGUGGAGGAGGUGGAGGGAAGGACACAAUCCCAGAAGGACGAAGCCCAACAUCUCCAGGUCCCGCUCCAGCCCACCCAGUCCAGCAACUCCACAGGGCCCCGUUAGUGCCACCCCCCACUGGGGGACCCCGAGCCCCCCAGCCCUCGGUGCUCCUGCUGGAUGAAGGAGCAGGAUUUGGGGAUGGAGGGGGUCCAACCCCCCCCAAAGAGCAAAGGGACAACAGUGACCACGGAGGGACCCGGCUGCCCCCUCCCUGCAGAGUGGGGGGGACGGUGGGCCCCCCAAAAUCGCCGCGUUAAGGACCGUUCGGCCG